GAGGGUUGAGGGUAGAGAAGAGAGAGUUGAGCGCCAGAGUCAGAAGCAGCCGAGCUAGAAAGGUUAGGCUACAAUCGACUCCUUUUCCGGAAGGAAAUUUGCACGCUUUAACACGCUGAUUCGUCCGACAGCGUUUCCGAAACUGUCCGGGUUAAAAAUAAGCAUGCACCAGAGAUUCAGUUUCACCGCAGUCAGUUAGGUAAGGAACGACUGGCUUCGUUCGCUCUGUCCUUUGGACUCAUCUCCGUCUCCACCAUUAAUCAAUCUUAUCAACAAAAGUAUUAUCAUCCACAUCGAUAGUGAGUUAUGUGCGGGUGUGCUGUUUGAACGAGUGCUUGUGCAUCUGUGUCUGGCAACAAGUCAUCUCAUCUCUAUCCCUCGUGAGACUUUCUGAAGAGACGACUAGGAUUCAGAUACCAACCUAAACACCAUGUUCGCGCUCUGGUACAUCUACCUUGGCUGGGAGGAGUACAGAAGAGUCCAAGGAUUACAAUGGAAUCUACCGAAUCUUCAGCGACUGGCUCCAAAACAAAGGCAAUCAAGUCCUCAGCCAACCAAUCAAACUAAUGGAAAACAAAGCACUCCCAAAGCCUCACCGCCAUCCACACCUACUGUCAAACAAACCAAACCAAAUCCUCCAAGUCCCAUAGUUGAUAAACCUUCUCCACCCAAGGUAACACCAUCCCCCUCCCCUCCUCGACCACCCGUCCCAACAAACACACCGACCACCCCAAGACCACCCCCACCCCCUGUCCAGCCACCAACAUCCCCUCAGCAACCGAUUCCUCAAAACCGAAACAUAUUCGAACCCGAUCCUCAGUUGUCUCCCGAAAGUCGCAUAUUCCAGUCGACCAAAAUCAAUGAUGAUCCACCCUCGAAAAUAUCCCCCAUCAUGUUGGACUCACCUCAACCUCCCAAGCCCCCAACCAACAACUUUCCUAAUCCGUCAAAAUUUGCAGCUGCCCCAGAUUUCCAACCCCUAACAAAAACCCCACCCAAACAAGAAGAGAAGUUUAACAAUUUUGGCAGACAGUCUUCAAAGCAAAAUACUCCCAAGAUGGUUGAUGCUGCAGUUCUUGAGAAGCUCGAAACUGGCUUCAAGAAACUGCAGGAGUCUGACAGCAAGUCGCUGCUGAAGAAGUACCUCACCCAGGAGGUAUUCGACAGCCUCAAGACCAAGAAGACCCCAACCUUUGGAAGCACCCUCCUCGAUGUCAUCCAAUCAGGUCUGGAGAACCACGACUCUGGCGUCGGCAUCUAUGCUCCGGAUGCUGAGGCGUACGGUGUGUUCGCCGACCUGUUCGACCCAAUCAUUGAGGACUACCAUGGUGGAUUCAAGAAGACUGACAAACACCCCCCAAGGGACUUCGGUGAUGUCGACAGCUUUGCCAACCUUGACCCUGCUGGCGAGUACAUCAUCUCGACGAGAGUGCGCUGUGGCCGAUCGAUGCAGGGCUACCCAUUCAACCCAUGCCUGACCGAAGCCCAGUACAAGGAGAUGGAGGAGAAGGUGUCCAGCACGCUGUCCGGCCUGAGCGGCGAGCUGAAGGGCGACUUCUACCCCCUCACCGGCAUGACCAAGGAGGUCCAGCAGAAGCUCAUCGAUGACCACUUCCUCUUCAAGGAGGGAGACAGAUUCUUGCAGGCUGCCAACGCGUGCCGAUUCUGGCCGACUGGGCGUGGUAUCUACCACAACGACAACAAGACCUUCCUUGUCUGGUGCAACGAGGAGGAUCACUUGAGAAUCAUCUCCAUGCAGAUGGGUGGUGAUUUGGGCCAGGUUUACAGAAGAUUGGUGUCUGCUGUGAAUGACAUCGAGAAGAGAAUUCCGUUUUCUCACGAUGACAGGUUGGGAUUCCUGACUUUCUGCCCCACCAACUUGGGAACCACCAUCCGUGCUUCGGUGCACAUCAAAGUCCCCAAGUUGGCUGCUAACAAGGCCAAGCUCGAAGAAGUUGCCGGAAAAUUCAACCUCCAGGUGCGCGGCACACGAGGCGAGCACACCGAGGCCGAGGGCGGUGUCUACGACAUUUCCAACAAGCGUCGCAUGGGUCUCACCGAGUACCAGGCUGUGAAAGAGAUGAACGACGGCAUCGCUGAGCUCAUCAAGAUUGAGCGCGAGCUCUAAACUGUUAAUAACUCACUAUUAUAUUAUAUACUAUCAGCCAUUGAUCGAAUCCUUUAAAUUAUCAUUUUUAUAUUACCAACAAGAGUUGUUUCACCACAAAAAACAAAUUUGUUUUAUUAAUGUACAAAAAUCUAUUUGAAUAUUUUUCUAUAUUGUUUACUGUUACUUUCAAGGUGUUAUAUUGUUAGAGUUGUUCCAAGUUGAAAUAAAAAUAUGUGUCUGAGUGUACCGGCAAUUUUUCAAAGAUUGUUGAUCAUGUUUUGGUAAUUCAGUUUUCUUUACCAUCAAUAAUUAUUCUUGUUUAUCCCCUUUUAUUUUUGAGCCUAAAUACACAGGCACCGGUAAUUCAUAUGGUUGAAUUCGUUUCAACGAUUUGUAAUAAUCGUUUAGUGUAUAUUACUCAAAUUUUAGAACACACUAUUAGAUUCUAAGUGCUUAGAUCAAUUUAGUUGGGUAUCGAUUGCCAAAGAUUUGCAAUUUGUUCUAUGUUAGAAUGUUAUAAACAAAAACUUAUAACUCGAAUAUUCUGUUGGAAAAUUUCAAACAAUGUUGGUUGCUUAUUGUGUAGAAAUAAGUCACUUAACAAUUGUCUAACCUAGUCCUUAAUCAGUAGUCAUAUUUUGUUUACUGGAUAAAAUAUGUGAGUUUAAAGUUGUACACGAUGGUAAAUUAAACUGUUAAACAAUAAAAUUGCAAUUACAACAUGUUGAA